AUGAGGAAAUCGGCUCUGCGAAAGGGUGCUCUCAACCUGAAAACACUUUUGCGUCGGAGAGAAUCGGUUAUUGCUUCGGCUGAGCUGAUAAAAACGUUCGAUGAAAAUUUCGAGGUUUCGCAAAUAAAUCAGGUAGCGCUACGGAUCGAACGGCUCGAUGAGCUAUUCAGGAAAUUUGAGAGUGUGCAGGAUGAAAUAGAAUUGAUCGAGGAUAGGGAAGAAGAGUUUCUUGAUGACCGUGAGCAGUUCCAAGAUAAAUAUUUUGAGUUGAAGGCGUCUCUAAUGGGUAAACUUCCGCAAACAGCCUCCGUUCUUCAGUCUGCGCCUCUAGUUCAGACUCCGCCCGUGCAUGUGAACCCUACUAUGUCCGUCAAGCUUCCGGAACUGCGGAUUCCGGAGUUCAGCGGAAAACCGGAGCAAUGGAUAGAAUUUCGGGAUCUCUUUAAAGCGGUUAUCCAUUCGAACACCCAGCUGUCAGCGGUUCAAAAACUACAUUACCUUCGAAGCUCGCUAGCGGGUGAUGCGUCACGUUUAAUCUCGUCUACCGCCCUUACAGCGGAUAACUAUCCUAUAGCCUGGAAGAUCAUCACCGACCGAUAUGAGAAUAAAAAUUACCUAGUCAAGCAACAUAUGACAGCUCUUUUCAAAACCCCUCCCGCCAAGAAGGGGUCCGCUGCUGCCUUGGACGAGCUGGCAGAUGAAUUCAACCGACACGUUAGAAUCCUCGACAAACUUGAAGACGUAAACGACCACUGGAAUUCAUUCCUAGUGGAACGUUUAAGUAGCUUGCUUGAUGGAAAAUCCCUGCUGGAAUGGGAGACUCAGUGCAAGGAGGAAGAAACUCCGAAAUACGACGACUUACUCGACUUUAUGCACAAAAGGUCCCGUACUUUACAGAAGUGCUCUGCAUUUGUCAAUACUCCCGUUGAAAACAUUUCUAAACCAGUGAAAGGCAAAGCUUCCUCUUCCCAUGUUGCUUCCGAAAGUGUGUCGAAGUGUCCCGGAUGUAAAAACUCUCAUCCUCUAACACAGUGUGAAAUGUUCCAGAAGCUGACUCCGAAUAACCGUUUCGAUUUCGCGAAAAGUCAUCGCCUGUGCAUCAAUUGCUUAAGGGGUGGCCACAUGGCCAAGGAAUGCCGUAGUGGUCUUUGUAGAAUCUGCGGCAAAAGGCACCACAGCCUGCUUCAUCUACCAACAGUAACGUCGAUCCCCGCAGCUGUUAGCACGAGCGACGAAGAAGGCACAUCACAUACACGCAUAGCAGUCUGCGCCACACCAGCCACCACUUCUAAAUCAGAAGUUUCGUAUUCGGGCGCGAUGGUACCAUCGGUGGUACCAACACAUACAUUACCCCAGGCAAUUAAGUCGGUUUCGCGUAGACCGCUGUCGAUAAGCACUUCGGUCGAAAGUCCCCCUUCUUCGUCGCCGGUGGGGAUUUGUACGGUCCUUUCGAAUCAGAGCCGCUUCCAUAUAGUUCCCAUGUUCCAGCCGCAUCGUUAA